AUGAGCACACAGCAAGCCAACGACGUCGACAUCGAGCGCCUUGAUGCGCAGAUGACCGACCUUCUCGAUGCAUUCGAAGCCCACCCUCAGAUGCAGCCUCCAGCAACCCACCCAACCAUCUUCUUCCUGAUGGACUUCGUCCGCAACACGCACCAAGUGCUCAAGGGCGUCGACGCUCAGAAAUACGCAGCCGGCGACCAAACCGCGCGCGAACAAGUGCAGGAAGUGAUAGGACGCAACCAGUUCGCCUGCGUACUCCUCAACGACUCGUCCGGCAAGCUGUCGCUUAUGACGGGCAGCGACCCCAACGACCCCGUGGACUUUGGCCCGAACGUCAAGGCCAAGGCGCGGGCUUUGAUGGAGGGUUAA